CAGGUAUCAGAUCCACACAGGCCUCCAACAUUCCAUCAUUCGAGCUACCCAGCCCAACUGCCUACCCCUGGAAAACGUCACCCUUCCCCAGAAACUCAAAGAAGCAGGCUACUCCACUCACAUGGUGGGAAAGUGGCACCUGGGUUUCUACAAGCGUGGCUGCCUUCCCACCCAGCGGGGUUUUGACUCGUUCUUUGGCUCCCUGCUUGGGAGUGGGGACUACUACAGUCACUACAAAUGUGAAGGGCCCGGUAUGUGUGGCUAUGACUUGUACGAAGGGGAAGAAGCAGCUUGGGAACAGGACCAUGGUUUGUACUCCACUGUGAUGUUCACACGAAAGGCUAUCAGCAUCUUGGCCAAUCACAACCCUCGCAAACAGCCCUUGUUCCUGUACUUGGCCUACCAGGCAGUUCAUUCUCCUCUGCAAGUUCCUGCCCGAUACCUCGAGCGCUACAAAGGCAUUCCAAACCUCCAACGACGUAAAUAUGCUGCCAUGGUUUCCUGUCUUGAUGAAGCUAUACGCAACCUCACCAUAGCGCUGAAACGCUAUGGUUACUAUGACAACACCGUUAUAGUGUAUUCCUCUGACAAUGGGGGGCAGCCGUUUGCUGGUGGAAGUAAUUGGCCCUUGAGGGGGAGUAAGGCGACAUACUGGGAGGGGGGCAUUAGAGCGGUAGGCUUUGUUCACAGUCCCCUGUUGGUGAACAAAGGGACAAAAUGUCGAUCCUUGGUCCACAUUACUGACUGGUUCCCUACACUGGUGACCCUGGGAGGAGGGACCUUAGAUGAAGAUCUAAACCUAGAUGGUUAUGAUGUUUGGGAUGCCAUCAGUGAAGGCCACCCUUCACCUCGACCGGACAUCCUUCAUAACAUUGACCCAAUCUAUAUUAAAGCCAAGAAUGGCUCUUGGAARGCUGGGUAUGGCCUAUGGAACACAGCUGUCCAAGCUGCACUCCGAGUGGGCCACUGGAAGUUACUUACAGGUGUGCCAGGCUACAGUGACUGGGUACCUCCUCAGACCUUCUCCAGCCAGCGACUGACCAGCCGCCACCAUAAUGAACGAAUCCGCUGGGACAGGGGUAAGUCCAUUUGGCUGUUUAACAUCACAGCUGACCCUUACGAGAGAGUGGACUUGUCCCAGCGAUACCCACAUAUAGUGAAGAAGAUGCUAAUGCGGCUAGCCCAAUACAACAAGACUGCUGUACCGGUGCGCUAUCCGGCCAAAGACCUACGCUCGAACCCGCAGUACCAUGGAGGGGUGUGGGGACCCUGGUACAAGGAUGAGAAGAAGCAACAGGAGGAAGAAAAAUACAACAACUUUUUAACAAACCAUCUUGGUCAACAGGAGUGGAAGAAUCAAUCRAAUAGAAAGCUGAAAAGAAAGGCUCAACAUUAGCUUAUCAUGUUUGUGAAAAAAGACAUUAGCCUUUUCUCAGGGAUUACCACUUCCUGUUUCAGGACUUUUUCGAAUGAUAAUUUAACUUAGGUAGCUUUAACUGAACUUCUUAAUGUACUGUAAAAAGUGUAGAUGAAUGCCAGAAUUCCUUUGGAUCACUUGUUUAAAAAAUAGUUUGGCCAUUUUGAAUUUGGGUUUUGGUCGGUUCUUGAAUGACCUCAGUUUGAGUUUACAGAAAUGUUCAACAAAACUGAGAGGCUAACAGCUAAAACAAAUGCAGAUAGGAGCAAAGAUUAAUGUAGUCUUAUACCAAACAACACUAAUUUUUAAAUCUUUGCACCACCAUCAGUUCUGCAUGACCCAGCUAUUUGCAUGGGAUUCUGUAUUGGCAAUUGUAACAGUGUAAUAAUUAACUGGUACAGUAUAUUGAUGAUGGUAUAAUGAAUAUUAUGCUGCGUUCACACCGAACGCGAUUUCAGCAUCAAAAUCGCAUCCAACGCKUCAAGUUGGAYGCUUGUGCACU